AUGCACUAUUUCAUCCUCGCCCUCCUGGGGAUGCUCCUCCCGCUCUUCGCCGGCCUCGUCCAGGCCAACGUUGAGAAGACCAUCUUCCUGGCACCGCCCGCAGCAACAAUCCCAUCAGAAGAGCCAGAUUUCGACGAUCUAGGCCUGGAACGACUCUCCCCGCAGAGCUCAGUCGUGAGGACCCAAUUGAACGCGUCGUUUCCAACGGCCGAGGCCCCUGAGGGGACUGACUCGUGGUUCUUCUUGGAAAACCUGACGCCCGGACAGCGAUAUGAAGUCCGCGUCUGCUGGCUGGCGACGCAACCUACUGCCUUCACACUAACAACACACCCCCUCGCCGCCACAAUCGAGGACUCGACAUUCCUCUCCUCACUUAGCGUCUACGCCACAGCGCGGCUCGCAGCACUAGAUGCACGGCUUCAAGCCAAUUCCAUCCCUCGCCGCGCCAGUGGCCGCAGCAGCAAGGACGGGAUAGAUCCCGCGCCGACCACGGACUCGAUCUUAUUCCUGCGCGUGCGCGCGGCGGCGGACUACUUUAGCACCGACGAGGCGUUGAUGCGUGAUGUACCGCCCGUCACAGUCGACUUAAUCCUUGAUCCAUUCUUGUGGAAUUUGUUCCCGCGGUCCUUGGUGCCGACUGCGGGGUGGAUUGUCGCCGUGGCGGUUGUUGCAGCUGUGGUUGCCCGGUGGGUUGUUGGUGAGUUUGGAAGGGUCAUUGAGGAUGCGAGGCAGGAACGGGAUGUGCAGGGGGAUAAGAAGGAGAGGUAG